GCCACUCGAGACUGGGAGGGGAGGGGAGGGGAGGAAGAAUUCGGCUCCAAGUCUUCGGGCUCACAGAUUUGGUAAAAUUUUCCCCCACCGCAAGUGCGAUGCUUCCGUGUUUCUAUCAUCCUUUUCUAUAUUAGCGCGUUGCCUUGAUCCGAGGGUUUGGCACCUGUCCCUUCCCUUCCUUCCCCGGCGCAAUCUUUGCUUCCGCGAUCUCGCCCGGCGAUUUUUCUUUGAGGUUUCUUAUUGCAAAUCUUGGGCGCGACCUUGGCAUUGAUUCGGCUUUAAGUGGCCGAGGUGAUUGUUUCGUGUGGUUCUGCUCUUGUUCUUGGCGCCGUUGAUUCUUGGUUGUUCAUGGGUUCGUGAAUCUUUCAGGCGGUCGGAGUGGAGGUGCCCGUGGUUGACCGUUUGGUGAGGUGGAUUGGAGGUAACUUGCUACUGUAAUUGGGACAGAGCAAAGCACAUUAUCUUGUAAAAUCUGGAUUUCGCUACUUUUAUCUUAAAUCAAAUCAGCUCUGUUUCUCGGAACAGGAACCAUUAAUUUCCCAUGCAAUCUCUUGGUUGAUGGAUGCUCUUCCUGUUGUAUCAGAAAGAGAAAGUCAAACAGAUAGUCACCCUUUACUCAUGGAGCAUGUGAUUGGUCUCCCAAGGGAUGAUGUCCCUUCUUCUUCUACACCUCGUCGAGACAAUCAUGAUGGCAUGGAUCAACUGCCUCUUGACUCAGAAAGUUCUUCUGGAACAACUGCUGCAUCUAACUCUCCGAAUGCUCCUGUAGCAAGAAGAGAUGAUAAUCGCGGUCCUCGCCGGCAAAGUCCUCUGAAUUCUGGCUUCUGGAUCUCAGUUGAACUAGUUGUAAAUCUUAGCCAGAUUAUAGCUGCUAUUUGUGUUCUGUCUGUAUCAAGGAAUGAACAUCCUCAUGCUCCAUUGUUUGAGUGGGUCAUUGGUUAUACAAUAGGUUGUAUUGCAACUCUUCCUCAUCUUUACUGGCGCUAUCUCCACAGCAACCACCUGGCCACUGUGCAAGAAUCAACUAAUCAGAACUACAUUCCAAACAACAUCCCUGAAAGUAAUUCUUUUGCGGAAUUUUCUGCCCCUCGAGUGUCUGAAGCUGGUGUUGUAACUGGCACAAAUGGAGAUUCAAGAAACAACGUGGUUACUGUAAAUCCAAGGGCCCAAGCUUUUGCUGAUCACUUCAAAAUGGCUCUGGACUGUUUCUUCGCUGUAUGGUUCGUUGUGGGAAAUGUGUGGGUGUUUGGUGGACGUUCUUCUGCCCAUGAGGCGCCAAACUUGUACAGGUUGUGUAUAGCCUUCCUCACAUUCAGCUGCAUCGGCUAUGCUAUGCCCUUCAUUCUCUGCGCACUGAUAUGUUGCUGCCUCCCCUGCAUAAUCUCUGUAAUGGGCUUCCGAGAAGAUUUGAACCAAAAUAGAGGUGCCAGUUCAGAUGCUAUCAAUGCGUUGGGCACAUACAAGUUUAAAUUGAAGAAGCCUCGUAAUGGAGAUGGAAAUGAAGGUGGCAGUGGGGUCUUGGCUGCUGGAACAGACAAGGAACGGGUUGUUUCUGCUGAAGAUGCUGUUUGCUGUAUCUGCUUGGCAAGGUACGUGGACAAUGACGAACUCCGGUUGCUCCCAUGUGGUCACUUCUUCCACAAGGACUGUGUCGACAAGUGGCUCAAGAUAAAUGCACUGUGCCCCCUCUGCAAAGCUGAGCUUGACGUUGUCUCGAUGACUGCUCCAGCCAUGGGCUUUGGGCGCCGCCACAGUGACAACAGGGUAGGAAACGACAUUGAAUCGCAACAGUAGCUAUGGCGGCUUGUCCUAUGGCUGGAGCAAAGCCAUAGGACAACGUGCCUUUGAUGCAGCUUUCCACAAGAGCAAUUUGUAAAUUAUAUAUAGUGUAGAUUGUACGGUCGAUCGAUGAGCGUCGGUCGAUGAGCCCUUAUGUUCCAACAAGUUAUUUCCUGACUGGCUGAUAUCUCCUGUCGUCCAUAUGUGUUGCUUCUAGCUUCGUUCCCUACCUCCAGAGUUACCAUUGUGCAACAUGUUCUGGAUGCUGAUAUGAUCCUGUUGAUUAUGAAAUGCAGUCCUGGUAGCACGGCUUGGGAAACAGGACAGCUGUUGCCCC